AUGGGAGAAGAUGGGAUUUUUGAAGAUGACUAUGGAAGUUUUGGAUAUGACAAAUGGUUAGUAGGUUAUGAAACAUCAGAAGAAAUCGAGUUAAUUAAGUCAAAAGUGGCUGGUGAAAAAGGACUUGCACAAACAAGUGUUGCGAGAACCCUAUAUCGGAAGUUGCUUGGUGGAUGGAGUGAUCAAGACGUGAGAGAGCAGCUCAACUCCGCGAUUGAUAAACACGUCACCGUGGCACAUUCACAGUAUGAAAAAUGUAUGUCACUGGCUGCUCAAGCAUUCACUAAAGAACAGCCGGAACCUCUACUUCGUCUCUACACACUUGAGACACCGUUUUACGGCGCCCUUGCUAAUGAUACACUACCGUUAGCCACUCCGCUCUUCAAAUCGUUAGAUAAACUACAGUGUCGUUAUUAUCAAGGUGUUUCCUUUCGUGGGCUUAGAAUGACAAAUGCAAAUCUGCAUGCUUAUAAAUGGGCUUGGAAAAAUAAAGGAGCUAUUCUGACACGAACAUUUUCUUCUACUUCGUUAGACCAACGGGUAGCUGAGAUGUUUCUUGGUCCACGAACUGAUGAAAGAUGGUGUGUUUUAAUGAUCUUUCAUUUCAAACAAAAAUGUGAUACAGCAAUUAACUUGGGAAGGCUCUCAGCUGAAUUACCAUGUAUGUCAGAAUAUGAACAUGAAGAAGAAGUACUUUUGCUUCCAUGGACUUUAUUUACUGUGAGUCAGAUUGAAAAGGAAUCUGAUAAAAUAAUAAUUCAUCUUCAAAAUAUACCAGUCGACAUGUCCUUGUGGUCUGGUGUGAAUCUUAUUCACGAACGUUAUAAAAGAGUAGGUCUCGGACAGCCAAUAGAUCAAAUAGGUACAGACAAUCUCGACAAUGCUUCAUUUUGGAAUCGUAUGCGUUUUUUCUUUUACAUGUACACGAACGUUAUAAAAGAGUGUGUCUCAGACAGCCAAUAGAUCAAAUAGGUACAGACAAUCUCGACAAUGCUUCAUUUUGGAAUCGUAUACGUUCUUUCUUUUACAUGUAUAAGGAUAUUAUUUCUUCUCUAUAAAUUCUAUUUAUCGCUUAUGGUGAUUGUUCAAUACGUCGUUUUAAAUUCAUUACAGCUUUCGUAUUGUCUGAACGGUACCGUAAGAGCUGUGAAUUUUGGCGUACUGUUGCUACAGCACUACACAGUGCCCUAUAGAAUACAGUAGAUAAAACUAAUUGAAAAUAAUAUAUCACCUACCCAAAAUUUUUGGGUCAAUGCUUGAGCAGCCAGUGACAUACAUUUUUCUUACUGUGAAUGUGCCACGGUGACGUGUUUAUUAAUUGCGGAGUUGAGCUGCUCUCUCACGUCUUGAUUACUCCACCCACCAAGCAACUU